AUGACAAAGCCGGCUCUCAAUGCAUUUUUUCCCACAGCGAACGCCGUGGGGAUAUCGCGAGAAUCUCAUCGACCUCCUGAACGGCCAACCGAAAUCGCACCAAUCUUGGACAAGGGAAAAUCCUGCAGACCUCUUCUCGAGUACGAUGAAGCACUUCGUCUAUCAAGUUUCGGAGAUGGCGCACCUGCGACGGCUGAAUCCUUUGCGCCUCCGCAACCAGAGACGUUCAACGAUCCCUACCUCUAUCCUUUCCUCGCACGGAACGAAUGCCUCAGACUUACCCUUCUUUGGUACUAUACGAGAUCCAUCACAAAUAAUGAUGCAUUGAUGUCCAAGUUACAAGGGAUUCUCGGGAUUGUUCAGAAAUUCAUGGGAUGGGAAUUUGCUAUCAUUGGGAUGGUGGAGGAAGCAGUCUUCACUAGGGUGGCAGCAAUAAAUAUGCCGGUCGCAUUACUGCCGAGAAGAGAGAGUCCUUGUUCUCAUACCAUAAAUCAAGAACCUGGAACUGUGUUCAGCAUUACCAAUCUGGAAGAGGAUUGGCGGUUCAGGUCAUCACCGCAAGUUACCGCUGGCGGCUUACGAAGCUACGCCGGCACGCAGCUACGCAUAAGAAUAGAUACAGGUGAAGAAGCUGCGCUCGGAUCCUUGUGCAUUGCUUCCAACACCGUUCAGAAACCAUUAACCCAGGAACAAAAGGCAGCUUUGGUGCGAUUCGCCGACAUGAUUACUGGCGAGCUUGUGAGUACACAGAGACAAAACCGCAUCCGUGAAAAGGAGAGAAAGAUGGAGCUGUUGAUGCAACUAAAAGAGGAGAGGCACGUGGUUGAACCCCAACUCAGAGCUAAACUUGAUGACUUGAUCAAGUCCUUCUAUCCUGAGGCAUCCAUAUCAACCCAAACCUCGAGCGAGCAACUUAUCUGUCUUCAAGAUGGUGCGAAGAUACACUUCUCUGACGUGAAAGCCGGCCUGUGGGAGGAUACCGGCUUUAUCAAUGAGCUGAUCAAGACGGGAAAUCAUUCGAGGCUGAGUUCGUCGCAAACUGUCCGUGCUAUAGUCAGCAAAUGUGGAAGCUCUGAUAUGUUCUUGGUGGUUGCUUCUUGCGACAUCCAACAUGUCUUUGAUGACUACGACGCAUGGUUUAUCGAAGGAUGUUCCCAAAUCAUUACUGAUUUCAUACACCGACAAGAUCUGCAGGAGGCACUACUCGCUAAGGAGGAAUUCUUGCGCGGGAUCACACAUCAACUAAGGACCCCAAUCCAUGGGGUUCUAGCCUCAAGCGAACUGCUUGCGGAGGUAUUAUCGUCACCAAAUCUUUCUAUCACAGGCCAAGAAACAUCUAUCAAUGAAUCAGCCUUGACGCAUUUAGGAACCAUUCAGGCGUCAGGGAGUCUAUUAAUGGCCACCGUGAAUGACCUGCUCAAAUUCAAUACCUGGUCUCGAAACAAGGCGGAGGAGCUCAAGCCAACAUCUUACGACCUAUAUUGCAUCGAGAAGGACAUCAUGGAUCGUCUCCGUGAAUCAAUGGCGGAGCCACUUCGACCCGAAGUCCCAAUCGCCUUCGUAGUUCAACUUGCUAGAGAAAGAAGCCUUGUUGAGAUUGAUACCGUCAUUUUACAAGACGCCCUCCAGCCACUAAUUGUUAAUGCAAUUCAGGCAACUACUUGUGGUAACGUUACAGUCCAAGUAUUGACACAAGCAGAAAGCUCAGCAUUGCACAUUGAUAUUGUUGAUACUGGUUCCGGUAUCCCAUCAAGCGAUCGAACACGCAUCUUCCAGCCCUUUGAAAAGGGAUCCAUUCAUGCUAAUGGAGUAGGACUUGGGCUCACUUUAGCUGUAAAAGCUGCACAUCUACUAGGUGGGAAAAUUGACCUUAUAUCCUCGGAGAUCGGGACAGGAUCUCAUUUCCGAGUGGAAUUCCCUAGCCUCAUUUUCACAGACCGAGAAACAUCAUCUGAGAUGCCAUCUGAACGCAAGGCGCUCACGCCAAUAACAGAUUCUUCGCAAGACUUGUCGGGAGCUGGACUACAGUUAACCACUUACGGCAUUGAGAGCAACGCGAUCUCCUCAUUUCCCUCACUGAGCAUUAAUCCUCACACUGACCAGAAGCGCUCUCUCACCCCAAGAGCACUUUUGGUCGACGACAACGCCAUCAACUUAAAAGUCCUUAGAAUGUACUGCGAGAAGAGAGGAAUCCCUUAUUUGCUAGCAACAAAUGGACAGGAAGCAAUCGACCAGUUCAAUGCGGCUUCCGAAUCGAAAGCCAAUCGGAUAAAUCUUGUCCUGAUGGAUCUCCAAAUGCCCAUCUGCGGUGGACUCGAAGCAUGUACUUCGAUCAGAGCCAUCGAAGCGGAAAAAUCGUUACCGCCGAGUACUGUUUUUAUGGUCACGGGCCAGGAUUCGCCGAGCGACCGUUCGCUGUCUCUGGAAGCUGGCUCCGACGAGUUUCUUGUGAAGCCUGUGAGCUUGAAGCUGUUGGAUAAGCACCUCGCAAGAUAUCAGUUUAGAUAA